AUGGCCACAGCAGUUCCUUCUUCUCAAUCCACAUCUCCACCUGCUGAUCUUCCAGCACUAAACUCAUACGGUUCACUAAGUCAUUCAGAUGACAUCGAAGUGUUACCCACAACAAUAUCUCCACGAUAUAAACCCGCCAAACCUCCAUGUUUAAAACCACACCAAUCCGAAACGAUUUUCGCCAUAUGUUUAUUUACUCUCGGUCUAAGUUUAUUAACUUACGUUAUCGUUUCAUAUUGGUUUACACACAGUCAAAUAUCUCCCGUAAUUAUCUUCAUCUGUGGUCUACUGUGUUUCAUACCUGGUUGUUAUUAUUUGGUCGAACAUUACUGUGCGAUUUGCAAAUGUUCACGAAAUCGCCAUCGAUCACGUCGAAUACUUGAACAAGAAGAUGAUAUUGUUUAA